UUUCAAACAAGGCACACAAAAACAUUAGUUUUAGCACAUUAGCACAUACAACACUGACGGAAUGGAUCGCAGAAUCACGGGAGUACACGCGGCAAACGAUAUACCAUACUGGAGAUCAUAUCGCCUAUCGCUUGCGAUCAUCAGUUUCAUCGGCUUCAUCUUUGUGUAUGUUGUCCGAACCAACUUUUCCAUCGCUAUGGUAUGCAUGGUCAAACGCCCAUUUAGGAACUCUACGAGUGCAAUGAACGAAACAAAACUAAAAAUAGGAAAUAACACACGUUUUACAGAAAUCGACAUUGAAGAUGAAGCAUGUAGCCUUGUAGCACAAAUCAACGAUUAUACGCAUGGGGAGUUUGAAUGGGAUCGACGGCUGCAGGGAUUGUUGCUCAGUUCAUUUUUCUAUGGAUAUGUCGUGACGCAACUUCCGGCUGGCAUAAUGGCUGACAAAUUUGGCGGGAAAAGAGUGUUUGGUUUUGGAAUGCUCGUUACAGUGGUUGCAAUGGUGCUCAUUCCUAUCGGCGCACGGUUCCACAUCUCUAUAGUAUUCAUCUGCCGAGUGCUAAUGGGACUUGGUACAGGCGUAGUAUUUCCUGCUAUGCACUCGAUGUGGGGGAAGUGGGCGCCACCAUUAGAGCGAAGUAAAUUAAUGACAUUUUGUUAUUCUGGUGUUAAUAUAGGAACAGUUCUUUCCCUGACAGUUUCUGGUUUACUGUGUCACACAGGAAUAGAUGGAGGAUGGCCAUCCAUCUUCUAUGUGUCUGGUGUUAAUAUAGGAACAGUUCUUUCCCUGACAGUUUCUGGUUUACUGUGUCACACAGGAAUAGAUGGAGGAUGGCCAUCCAUCUUCUAUGUGUCUGGUGGAGCGACAUUUCUUUGGAUACUGCUUUGGGCGUUUUUCGUAUUUGAUACACCACGUGACCAUCCUAGAAUCACGGAUGUGGAGCGAGAUUACAUCGAGAGUUCAAUUGGUCAAAUAUCAACAAAGAAGAGGAAAUCUAUUAUAGUUCCUUGGCUAGAACUGUGGAAAUCCAAACCACUGUGGGCGAUAAUAACGGCCCAUGUUUGUAAUAAUUGGGGUGGUUACACCUUGUUGACAAGUUUACCUACAUACAUGAGAGACGUCUUAAAGUUUCACAUUCGAUCAAAUGGCUUUCUCUCAGCGCUUCCCUACAUAUGUAUGUGGCUUUUCUUUAUACUUGGUGGCCAAGUGGCUGACCAUUUACGUAAAAAACAAAAACUUUCAACGGAAGCAACCAGGAAGCUUUUCCAAACAAUAGCUUUUUUGGGGGCAGCCAUUUUCAUGCUCGCCACUGGAUUUAUGAAUUGCGAGAGGCGCUAUCUUGCUGUCGCAUUUCUCACGAUAGGGGUCACUCUUCAAGGGGCAGGAGCAUCUGGCUUUGUCGUCAACCAUGUAGACAUAGCCCCGAUGUAUGCCGGUGUGUUAUAUGGCAUAACUAACACUGCAGGAACACUUUCUGGCAUAUUCUCUCCAAUGGUUGUUGGUGUAAUAGCUCCAAAUGGGACAGCUGCAGAAUGGCGGACAGUGUUUUAUAUUUGUGCUGGGGUCUACAUAUUUGGACUUGCCGUAUUCUUGAUCCUCGCAAAAGGGGAGGUCCAACCGUGGGCCACAGCUAGCAGAUACACAGAAGAAAACUUUCCUAUGGAUGAACACAUCCAAAAGCGCCUCGUUGAUAAACAAGAUAAAACAAGAUAAACAACUCGAACUGAUAACGAAUGAGGAAUGACCAAUCUAGAAAACCACAAUCAAAAGCAUGAUUGAUUUAAAAACUGAAAAUUUUUUGUCAUGAGCCUAUGCGAAAGAGGUUAUUCUUUGAAGGUCAGAUAAAGAAAUAUAUCAUAUAUUUUCACCCGGUCAUUCUAAAACUGAAUAAAACAG